AUGGUUGCUGUACAAAAUCCCUUGAUCCCCUUUGAUCACACAUACAUUUUAUAUUCUCCAGACAACAUAUUUUCUUUGCCUUUAGCUGCGGCAUCUUUGACUCCAAUCCUGAUUUUGGUGUUUUUGUUCUCAUGGUUCGUUAUUACGAGGGAGAUAGAACCUUGUAUUUUUGCUGCAGGUCAUGUUUGUAAUGAUAUAUUAAGUGGUAUAUUGAAAAAUACUGUCAGGUAUCCACGACCAAUACGUGGACAGAUCUUCAAACAAGACGGAGGGUUGGUAUGGGGAAUGCCAAGUUCCCACACCCAAUUCAUGUCUUUUUGGUUUACGUAUACUUUGUUAGCCUACAUUCUCAAUUAUCCAGGACCUUCAAUUAGCAAAAAGUGCCAGCUAAUAUACAGUAUCGGUGCCAUGUUUACAGUAGGGAUGGUUAUUGCAAGUAGAAUAGUGUUUGAAUAUCACAAUUGGAACCAAGUAAUUGUUGGGCUACUGUUAGGAUCCGUACUUGCUUGUUUUUACUGGGUUUUCGUCAAUUUGCUCCGUGAAUACGGGAUAAUUGACAGGUUACUCUCUGGGAAAAUUUUUAAACUGUUGCUAGUGAAAGAUAGUUUUGGGCGUGGUUCCUUCCCUCUCUUAGAGGAUGAACGCAGGGUAUAUGAGGAAAUUGUCUCCGUGAAGGGCGACUCUGCUGCCCGUAGAAACUGA